CCAAGUAUGAUCGAUCUGCUGUCGGACUUAUGGAGAGAGUGCCGACCAUAAAUCUCCGCUAUAUCUCUUCGGCCCUUGCGCGUGUGUCAUAUGGCCACGCGAUUGCUAAGUUUUCUUAUCUACAUCUGCUCCGGGCCUCUCUCGAGCGCGCAGAGCCGCUGUAGCCAGGAAUUGUUGUUGGUUGCACUGCACCACAGCAUAAUGCGGACCGCAUCUGGGUCAUUUCUUGGUUCCGCUACCUCGAUAUGGGUUAAUAACCAGGCUAUCCGUUUUAGCUGGCCUCCUACGCGUCGAGAUCGGCAUUCAAAUUGGACCGGGGCGUUGCGGGUGUUUUUUUAGCUGUUAUUGGUUCGACAGUGACGCAUACCAGUCUUGGUGCCGCUCUGUCUUCCAGGAACUCUGCAUUCUACGGUUGUUACAACAAAUGAGCGUUCUCACAAAAAAAGUGACGUUUCACCCGGUCUUCAA